ACAAGUCCAUCCUCUGCCCAUCAGCAGUCCGGUCAACAUUUCUUCUGAACACUCAGGCAAACUUCACCGACUCCCUCCACUUUAAACACCGACAUGGAUGCCCUCAAGUCGGCUGGAAGAGCUAUUAUCCGGAGCCCAAGCAUGGCGAAACAGUCGUGGAGUGCCGGCAAACACAGAAAGCUCCCAGAGAACUGGACAGACACACGGGAGACCGUCUUGGAGGGCAUGACUUUUAACCUUCGACAUCUCGGCAUGACACUGGUGGACCAGCCCAAAGGAGAGGAGCUGUCAGCAGCUGCUGUAAAGAGGAUUGUUGCCACGGCUAAAGCCAGUGGGAAGAAACCUCAGAAGGUUGCUUUCAUGAUUUCUCCUCAGGGAGUCGUCGUACAUGACAGCUCAACAAAUAAGCUCCUGGAAAAUGUCUCCAUAUACAGGAUAUCCUACUGCACGGUGGACAAACUGCACGAUAAAGUCUUUGCUUAUAUCGCACAAAACACCCUGAAUGGAACUCUGGAGUGCCACGCCUAUCUCUGCUCAAAGAGGAAAGUGGCUCAGGCUGUGGCUUUAACAGUAGCCCAGGCCUUCACAGUAGCAUUCGAGCUCUGGCAGGUGGCCAAAGAAGAGAAAGGGAAGAGAGUGAAGUCCGGUUCUGCUGGAGAGGCCAGCAGCAGCUCUCAUUCAGAGAGAUCAAACAGCUUUGGGAGUUUGAAAGGGACAGAUGUGGCUACAGACACAUUAUUGGACUUGGAGAACAGUGUGAAUGUGGCAGAGGAGACCAAUGGAAACACAGGAGAGGAUCAGCUGGAUAACCACAGAGAGACCUCUGAGACCAAUAACAAUCCUGCCUGGGAAAUAGAAGAUGGUUUGGAUGAAGCCUUCUCCAGCUGUGCUCUGGAUAGCUAUGGUUCAUUUCCAGACUGGCAGUGUCACGUACUAACUCCCAGAUCCUGGACAUUGGGGUGACGCCCCAGGAUUGGCUCACUGAAUUCGACUGGGACAGCACCAAUGGGAACACUCACAACACUGUCAGCGCAUUUAAAGAUUACUUCUUGGGCUUCUGACCACUACUGCACCACAGGGAGAGAGGCGACAACUAAGAGGAGGAGGGCUGGGGGCUGUCUUUCCAUGAAUUAAUCAGCUAUCAGUGUGUAUUUAAGAUUUAAGAUGCGUUUACCGUACAUCAGCAAGGGAAUUAAGUGUUGUGAGCUGUGAGAUGGAGUUUGGCCUCUUCACCUUGUUGUUGUACUCUUCGCAUGAGCAAAUCCUUCUUUGUGGAAACAGCACAGGCCACUGCCCCUGUGCACCAAAGCAAUAAUAACACCUUUGAAUGUUGUCGCAUCUCCUCCCAUAUUACUCUGCACAGCAUCACUACUAACUUAUGUUCUUCUGUCAGCACUUGUUCUCCUUUGUUUACUUUUUUCCUUUUUCUCUGGUUUGUGGCAUCCUAAUCAGUGUUCUGUAUGUGUUUAGUUCUAAUUUAUAGUUGAAUUAUUUGUGUGUGUGUGUGUGUGUGUGUGUGUGUGUGUGUGUGUGUGUGUGUGUGUGUGGAUGAAGUAACUAUUAAUUUAGACUGAUGUACAGACAGUAACACCAGGCCUUAAUAACGGCAGGACAAUCAGCUGUUCCCUAUGUUCAAGUGAAAUCUGCCUUGGAUGCAAAAAUGAAAAUUGUUUUAUGUCUGUAAUCUGAAAAAUCAUUGCACUUGUAUUUAUAUGAAAUCUUCCAGUGACUCAUUUAGGACAUGUUACAGGCUUUGCUUUUUCAGGGCAGCAGUGUAACGGUGUUGAAUGAAGUCCAGGUUUCAUUUCGCUGUGGAAUAUUCCAGUGUUGUAUAGAAAUAAAAUGUAAUCAUGCAUAUGUCAUAUUUAUAGUAGUCCUUUGGUAUAUUCAUGUAGGUUUGGUAAGAUUACACUGGCUAGAUUCACUUAUAGAAAAGUAGAAUUAAAUAAUUGGACAUAUCACUGGAAGUGUGACAGUUCGUGAGGUCCAAUUAGUUAUUCUGUUUUUUUUUUUAGUUCUGUCUAUUCAGGUUCUUUACAUUAUCACAUGGAUACAAAAUGAAGGUGUCAUUUUAUGUAUGAGCACCAGGGGGCAGCCCCGUACUGUCAAAUGAAAUGAAGCUUGCCCGGUAUACUUGA